AUGGUGGCAAUCCAUGUCCACAUUGUUUUUGCUUUACCUUGUACUUUUCUUGAUUCUUGGCUGUUGCAGUUUGUUGGGUUCACUUUGUUGAGAUCUAAGUGGGGUAAUGCUAAUGCCAGUUUCUUUAGUAAUUGUUUUUUGAUUUGUCUUAGAAUAGUUGUGGAUCUAUCAAUGGGGCUAGAUAUGGAGUUUGAAUUUGAGAAAAAAAGCACCUCGGAUCUGAGUCCCAACACUGUUCUUCCUUGUCGAAAGUUUUCUGAUGUCGGAAAGAGAAGAACAAACGGCAAACCUCCACGUAAAGAUGAUCUAUUGACCGCAAAGGAAGACUUCAAAGAGAUAAACUUUCGUCGUUUUCGUAGUUCCUCUUGUAAUAUUCCAUCUAGACAUGGUGGUCUAGAAGGUAAUGUUGUGUUGAAGAGAGGUUCGAUUUAUCAAAGCUCUAGGGAGGUAACUAAAAUGAAGAAAAUGGGCGUUGAUGAGGGAAGAAGAAAACUUGAAGUUUCGCGGGAUAGUAAUACCAGCUGUUCCUUUAGCAUUGUUGACUCCUUGUGUAGUUCAGAUGAAGAGAACACACAGAAGCGAUCAUCUACUAGGAAGUCUUGCAUAGAACCAUGCUCAUCAAGUGGUUUUAUUGAAAUCUGUCCCAAUUUAGACAAGAGAGAAAGGCAAUCUGCUGGAACGGUUAGAAGUGACUCUGUUAAGGUCCCAACCUUCAGAAAUGAGCAAGUUUGUGGUCCUACAAGUGACGCUAACGAUCUUCAUGAAAAUGAUAUCGCGUUGACAUUCCAUAAAUCACAUUCUGUUAAGGUAGAAAUGCUGCAUUCACCAUCUCCUUCGGAAAGUGAUUGCUCUUCCAGAGCCAGCUCAAAGUCUCGGUUUAGCCCAAUCAAAAAGAUGUUUGAUCCAAUUAUGAAAUCAAAGUCUUUACGGAGUCCUUUGGGUUAUAUAGCAGAGCCUGUUGAUCUCAAGAACAAUGAAAUGUCACACCUGAGAAAGAAACAGAUAUCGAGAAAAUCUUCGUUGCGCGACUUCUCACACACAGCUGCAAAAUCUGAUAAAUUUUCUUCACUUGUUCGGAAAGAUAACCAUCAUUCAACAGUGGCAUGUUCACCGGUUCACUUACAUGGUCGUCUCAAGGUGGAAAUUAAACAGGGAGCGCCACAUUUUGAGUUCUCAUUGGAUUCCCCUGAAGAAGUUUUUAUUGCUAAAACAUGGAAAGCAAAUAAUUCUUUUAAUUGGGUUUACACAUUUCACUCAAUUUGCAGUAGAAAGAAGAGUAACGCCAGCGGCUGGGGGUUGACUGAUGGCAAUAAGGAAUCCUUGGUAGUGGGACAAAUGCAAGUUUCAUGCUAUUUAUGCUCAGAAUUGAAAGAUGGUGGGGCUCUUGAUAACUCUAUGGUGGCAGAAUUUGUGUUGUAUGAUAUAGCACAUGCAAGGCAAAGUGUUUCUACACAAGAUUCGCUUGACAUUAUUGAAUCUCCUAAUGAUUCUAAACCAGGCUCUUUAAGUGAAACUCAUAAGUUGGAUAACGGUUCUGAACCAAAGAAACUUAAAAAUCUAUCAAGACGUGCCUGUGAUAGUGCUGACGCCGAUUCUACGAAUUCAUACCCGUGGCCAUCUGCAAUCUUACAUUCAGACCUUGAAAUAGCAGCUAUUGUUAUUCAACUCCCAUUUGCAAAGAGAGAAAGCUUGAAGUACAAAAGAGGAGAUAAACCUAGUGAUAAAGCACAUGUGAAUCUACUCAGCCAUUCUAUGGUCGAGCAAAGGAGAAAAGGUUUCUCAGAUAGAGAAAGUGUGGAAAAGUUGAAGGUGGUGAUUCCUGCUGGAAAUCACGGGUUGCCACUUGACGAAAGUCAGGGCGCUUCAUCAUUGCUUGAUAGGUGGAGAUUAGGCGGAGUCUGCGAUUGCGGUGGAUGGGAUAUGGGAUGUCCACUUACUGUUUUUGGAAGUCCGAACAUCAAUUGUGCUGAAGAGGAAACACUCAUAAAUAAUCAUCAGCCUCUGGAGCUUUUUGUUCAGGGAACAAAACAGAAAAUUCCAGCACUGACAAUGACUGCUAUUGAAGAAGGAACAUAUGCAGUUGAUUUCCAUGCACAGCUAUCAACUUUACAAGCAUUUUCCAUAUGUGUUGCUGUACUACACGGUGCUGAAGCUUCCGAUGCCACUGGGGAAGAGAAGUGCAGGCAGUUGCCGCAUUGCAGUUCACUGAAAAUGCUUAUCGAGGAGGAAGUACAAUUCUUAAUUGAAGCAGUCACCAAGGAAGAGAAGAAGAAAGUCCCUAAAAAGACAGAACAGAUCAAGCAGUCUUAUGUGGUUAACCCUCCUUUUUCUCCAAUCGCUCGUGUAUAGAGUCGAACCAGAUGUCUAAGUGCAAGACAACACUUACCGAGAAACGCAGAUCGAGGUUUGAUGAAUGAACUGCUAAGAAUUGUUUGUGCAUUGGUAGAGUUAUAAAAUCCUAUACAGCCUUUGAUGAGGAUGAUUGCAUAAAAAGGUGACAAGUUUCUUAGAUGUAAAAGUAUUCAAUUCUAGAAUUAGGAUAGAAUAGAAACUCAUACUGUUCAUAUUGUUACUUGAUAGCAAAGGUACCAUUUUAAGUUCUGAGAGAUAGGAGUCUUCUUAAUACAUUUUUGUAAUAGAAUGGGUAUAUGGUGGAGACUAAAGGGUAGUAGACUAUGGAAAUGGUGGCUAGAAGCUCUUGUUAGUAGUUUUUUCGUGUAUCUUCAAAAUAAUAAUAAAGGAGUUUUAUCUUUUGUCAGGCA